AUGAACGGUGUUAAAGCUGCACAACAAUUUUGCAGUUCUUACUUUUUAAGCAAUUCAGUUAUGUACAUGAUAAGGGACAUGCGGAUACAAUUUGGAACAUUGUUAGCAGACAUUGGACUUAUCAAUCUUCCAACAGGGCAUCAGGCAAUACUAUGUGCAGGUCUAUAUCCCAGUGUAGCUGCCACAGAAGAAGGCAUUGGUGGGACAGUUCUUGCCAGCCUUAAACAGAAGGCAGGUUUCACGGCAAAGGGCCGACCUGUGUGGUAUGAUGGGAGAAGAGAAGUUCACAUACACCCUUCUUCUAUCAACUGUAGCUUAAAAGCUUUUCAGUAUCCAUUUCUCGUCUUUCUUGAAAAGGUUGAAACAAAUAAGGUAUUUCUGCGAGAUACUACCAUCGUCUCUCCCUAUUCCAUUUUGCUCUUCGGUGGCACCAUAAAUAUUCAACAUCAGACUGGACUUGUCACUAUAGACGGUUGGUUAAAAAUGGCAGCACCUGCCCAAACUGCUGUCCUCUUUAAGGAACUACGGUUAACUCUUCACUCAAUUCUUGAGGAGCUGAUCAGAAAGCCACAUAAGAAGACAACCCCACCAAGUGACAUGUUCUGGCGUCAUGAAAUCAUUUCUUUUCCUUCUGAGAAUGGUUGCACCAAACAUAAGAAGUAGCUGGGAUACAUGGCCCUUCCGCUUCAUGAUUACAGUGGUCGUUCAUUCAGAUUCAGAGGAGAAUUGGUGUCAUUUCGUCAAUCAAGCAGGGGUAGUUUGGUGGAGUUGGUGGCUCUGUUAGAAACCACUUCUGGAAGUCAUACCUUGGUUUGCUGUAUAUGUGAAGAAAAAUUUGCACCAUUGACAAAGAUAAAUUCAGGGUAAACGGUCACUUUUAGAGUAAUUUAGGCAGCCGAGCCAGUUUAACAGAGCUCUGCAUGUUCCUGUAUCUCUAUUUAAUGGGAAUUGUGUAUGAAACUAUUGUUUACCAUACCUACAAAAUGGGAACCGUUGCUCGAGGGAGGUUCAGCUGUACUGUUUACAAGUACUUUUGACAUUCCUAUCUUCACGGGGGCAUAUACUCUCUCUCUCUUUUCUUUUGUUAAGAAAGAUGUUUUGUGUCCGUGUUACCUUAUUAGGACUGUGACUUGAAACUUAAGUGGUUGUGCACAAUUUUUGUUAUCCGAGGUGAUCGGUGAUCGGGGCGGCUGUUAUGUCUGAAACUGUCCCUCGAAUGGCACCAUAUUCUGUAGCUUGUUAUUUCUGAGGUGUUCCAAAAAAGAUUGGAAUAUUCAAUUUCGUAUAAAGAAUAAACACG